UUGGUUCUUCCAUUCUGGUAAUUCGCUUGCAUAGUGAGAGGCUACUACUCAGGCACCGUGUCCAGCGCACAGGGAAGUACAGCAUGAAUGAGGCAUCUAUCACCAGUUCACGGUCUACAGCUGGCAAAAGACAGCGAGAGAACGCCGGGGUCGAAAACCAUAGCAAUGCCAUGGAUUCGUCGUAUACGGCAGGCAAUCCACUUAUACCAGAGGGUCUCUUGCCUUGUUUCUUGGCAGACGCAUUCAGCGAACUUUAUGAAGAAGACGGCUUGAUGGUUUUAGGCAAAGGAUUGGGAUGUUUGAGUCUCUUGGCCGCCUUUUGCCGAUUCUACGCCGAUAUCGAGGAAGGCCAUGUUUCAAUCGUACGUGAAUCUGUUGCCAGUAAUACCGCCUCCUCCAACAAUGAACCGUCUGUAGCUCCCUUGGUAAUCGUUCUGGGACUCAAGGACGGCGAGCGCCAAGCGCUCGUGGAUAUAUUGGAGAGCUGGGGCACGCCUCCGGAACUUCUGCCAACCAUGGUUACGAAUGAAGCUGGACAAGGCAAGGAUCGCGCCGCUCUUUACGAUCGGGGUGGAAUAUUUUGCAUCACAUCUCGUAUUUUCAUCGUUGACUUGCUUACCAAUAUAGCGUCUCCUAACAAAAUUGACGGAUUACUGGUGGCACAUGGAGAGAAUGUGACGGAGCAAUCCACGGAGGCAUUUAUUUUGAGAAUAUUUCAAGGUCAGAAGCAGCCUUUCGGAUCCGGUUUUAUCAAGGCUUUCACGGACGCUCCGGAUCAGCUUAUGUCAGGCUUUGCCAAAGUCGAUAAAAUUCUGAAAUCGCUGCACGUUAGGAGGCUCUAUUUGUACCCCCGCUUUCAUGAAAGUAUUCGACAGGAACUCGAGUCGCAUCCACCGUCCGUUACGGAACUUCACCAGGAACUGUCGCCACUACAAAAAGAAAUGCAAAAUGCAAUCGCAGCUGCCGUUUCAGCAUGUAUACGGGAGCUCAAGUCGUCAACCACGUUAUUGGAAUGGAAUGACUCGGAGCUUUCGAUCGAGAAUUGUGUGACAACAAAUUUCGAUCGGGCCAUUUCCCGUCAACUGGAACACGAUUGGCAUCGACUCAAGCCACAAACCAAACAACUUGUCCAAGACUUGCGUACUUUACGUACACUCUUUCAGUCCUUAAUUCAGUAUGAUUGUGUCACGUUCUGGAAAUUGAUAAAUUCCAUUAAGACCAUGAGCGCAGCUUCUCGUUACCCGUCGUUAUGGUUGCUGACUCCUGCGGCUGAUGUACUCUUCCGCAAGGCCAAAGCUCGGGUGUACAACAUCUCGCGACCGCGGCCCACGUCCCAACUAUCCCAUCCCGUCGCUCACUUAAAGGCUAUUCUGGAAGAGAAUCCUAAGUGGAAGUUGUUAAAACAAAUCUUAGAUGAAAUCCGACUAGAUGAUGCCCAGCGAGUGCGAAACGUGGACUGUGAUGGACCAAGAAAUGUAUUGGUCAUGGUAAAGGACGACAAGACUGUUGAUACGCUACGCGAAUAUCUCACCGACGGUAAAGAUCGGACAUUGACGCUUCGCUGGCUUCGAUUCUUAGACCAGUACAACGAUCGAUCGAGGUCCAUUACCAAUUGCAAAGGCGGAAUAUCGGCCAUUUCGGAAGAGUCACGUUUGCUACUUGAAGAAGAAUCCCGUGUUCGCAAUGCGCUGUUCGGGAAAAGGCGAAAUAGAGGUCACCGAGAUACUGCCGAUGAUUUAGAUCGUGAAUUUGUGUUGGAUGAUGCUUUAGAAGCCACAGAAAAGGCUCUGAAUGAUGCCAGCUUUUCCAAAACUAUAUUGGCCAGAAUUAGAGCGGAUCUUAAUGCUGAAGAAGACGCUAUGCUUCGUAUUUCCAACCCCAGUGAGCUCCGUAUUAUUCUCAAGAGCUAUUCCAGUAUCGACGGCGACCAAUCCUCCCUUUUCCUUCAAGACAUGGAACCUCAAUAUGUAGUAUUGUAUGAUACUGACGUGGCUUUCAUUCGUUCUGUGGAAAUGUACGAAGCCUUGUCGACUCACUCAGAUCCCGUCAGGGUAUUCUUCCUGAUGUUUGAAGCGAGUUCCGAACAAAAGACAUUUAUGAAGACCUUGGAGCGAGAACAGAACGCUUUCGAACGCAUGAUUGAUCACAAAAAGACGAUGCCUCCUCCAGCGCUGCAAGUGGUUGGUACCCAGGAAAUGCAGCAGGCCAUGCAUGUUGGUAGUGCUGGCGGUAGUUACAUGGACGGGUCUUUACCGCUGGCAUUUGAUAGUCGCCGAGGCCGCGGAAAAGAGGACAGGUCCAAAGAACGACGAGAUAUUGCUGUCGACGUUCGUGAAUUCAGGUCGGCGUUGCCUUCGAUUCUUCAUCAAGGCGGAAUGCGCUUAGCACCUGUGACGCUGACGGUCGGAGAUUUCGUACUCAGCAACGUCCAUUGCGUUGAACGAAAGAGUAUAAGCGAUCUAUUUGGGAGCUUCGCGAGCGGUCGCCUCUAUACUCAAGCUGAGGCGAUGUCCAAGCACUACAAGUGCCCAUGUUUGCUGAUUGAAUUUGAUCCCACGAAGUCGUUUUGCUUGCAAAAUUCGAACGAGCUGGGAGUCGAAAUCCGAACCGAGUCUGUAUGCAGCAAAAUUGCCUUACUAACUAUGCACUUUCCUCAAUUACGCAUACUUUGGUCGCGCAGUCCCCAUGAGACUCUCCGAAUAUUUCGAGAGCUGAAGACGAACCACGACGAAGUUGAUGUGGAGAAGGCAAUCGACAUUGGACGGAACGAGUCACCGGACGCUUUGCUGCAACUUCCAGCCGGGCUUGCCGAAGGUGAAGAUGAGAUCAAUGAAAUGGCUCGUGACAUGUUGCUGCGACUUCCAGGUGUCAACGUCCAUUCAGCCAGGCGCAUCAUGCAGGAGUGCGAUAGUUUGGCGGAGCUUGCUGAAAUGUCCCGGGAUGAGCUUCGACGAAUCGCUGGUCCGGUGACUGGCCAAAAACUGUUCGCCUUCUUUCGACAAAAGAUC